AAGGCUUUUCGAAGGUCAAGUAAUCUCGCCGAGUUGGGGUUUUUCUCCUGCUUGGAUUGGGAAACUAUAAAAACACAGUUUGGGAUUACUGCUGUUGCUGCUGCUCACUAGAUCACAGUUACUCCGGGACAGAUCUCACUUCAGGAUUGCAGGGUAAGGAAUUCCUAGGUGGGAUUCGCACCCAAGCGAGGCGGAAACGCAGCGGGAGAGCUCUAGAUUGACGGCUGGACCUGCCCGCGCCGGCACCGCAGCGCGCGCCUGUGGAGGACCGCCGCCAGGGGACGCCCACGCCCGGCUGGGCCGCUCUGUCUCCUCCCCUGCCCGCUCCCCGCCCCUCGCUCGCCCGGGCGAGCGGAGAAGGCGGAAGUAGGGGCAUCCGCGGAUGGGGCUCGGGCUUCCGGGGGAUUCAGUAACGGCGGCCUUCGGGUCAAGAGAUUGGCGUCCUGGCACCCUCGGCUUGGAGUGCGGUGCCUUUCUCUCCUGGCACCUUGGCUGAGUGGAGUCCUGCGGCCGGGCGUAGUCGGCGGCCCAGCGGACCGGAGUGAAAGCCACAUGAAUUCUGAAUGUUAGAAUAGAAAAGAGGCCAAAGAAAUCUUUGAAGAUGAGGAAACUGAAGCACAGAAAGGUUAUAUAGUUUGCCCAGGUCAUACACCAAAUGAUGGAGACAAGAGUUAAACCCAGAUCAUCCGAUUCCAGCAUCUAAGCUCUUCACCACUUCAUGAUAUUGCCUCUCCAGCCAGAACAGUGCUUCAUCCUUUGUAGGUGGUCAUCAAAUGCUACUCAAAAUCUUUUUGAGAAGAAGAAAAAGAGCAGUCGAUAAUCACCUUACUAUGAGUCUGCUACACUGGGAAAACAGCUGUGGAUCCAGCCAGUCUGAGAGCGACUGCUGUGCUGCCAUGGCCGCCAGCUCCUGUGGUGCUGCAGCAAAAGAUGACAGUGUGAGUGGAACUGCCAGCACAGUGAAUCUUUCCAGCUCUUUUAUGGAAGAGAUCCAGGGAUAUGACGUGGAAUUUGACCCACCCCUGGAAAGCAAGUAUGAAUGCCCCAUCUGCUUGAUGGCAUUACGGGAAGCAGUGCAAACACCAUGCGGCCACAGGUUCUGCAAAGCCUGCAUCAUCAAAUCAAUAAGGGAUGCAGGUCACAAAUGUCCAGUUGACAAUGAAAUACUGCUGGAAAAUCAACUAUUUCCUGACAAUUUUGCAAAACGAGAGAUUCUUUCUCUGAUGGUGAAGUGUCCAAAUGAAGGUUGUCUGCACAAGAUGGAACUGAGGCAUCUUGAGGAUCAUCGAGCACAUUGUGAGUUUGCUCUUAUGAAUUGUCCCCAAUGCCAACGUCCCUUCCAAAAAUGCCAACUUAAUAUUCACAUUGUCAAGGAGUGUCCAAGGAGACAGGUUUCUUGUGUAAACUGUGCUGUAUCGAUGGCAUUUGAAGAUAAAGAGAUUCAUGACCAGAACUGUCCUUUGGCAAAUGUCAUCUGUGAAUACUGCAACACCAUGCUCAUCAGAGAACAGAUGCCUAAUCAUUAUGAUCUAGACUGUCCUACAGCCCCAGUUCCAUGCACAUUCAGUACUUUUGGUUGCCAUGAAAAGAUGCAGAGGAAUCACUUGGCACGCCACCUGCAAGAGGAUACCCAGUCGCACAUGAGAAUGAUGGCCCAGGCUGUUCAGACUUUAAGCCUUGCGAUAGCUCCCGCACCUCAGCGUGGCAUGCUGCCAUGUGAUUCUGCCUCUCUGCCCCGGAUUUCCUCUGGGUGUCACUCAGAGGUCCAGAAUUUCCAAGAAACCAUUCAACAGUUAGAGGGUCGCCUUGUAAGACAAGACCAUCAAAUCCGGGAGCUGACUGCAAAAAUGGAAACUCAGAGCGCGUAUGUAAGUGAGCUAAAACGAACUAUUCGAACCCUUGAGGACAAAGUUGCUGAAAUAGAAGCACAGCAGUGCAAUGGAAUUUACAUCUGGAAGAUUGGCAAUUUUGGGAUGCACUUGAAAUCUCAAGAAGAGGAGAAACCUGUUGUCAUUCACAGCCCCGGAUUCUACACAGGCAAACCCGGCUACAAACUAUGCAUGCGCCUGCACCUGCAGCUACCGACUGCACAGCGCUGUGCCAACUACAUAUCCCUCUUUGUCCACACGAUGCAAGGAGAGUAUGACAGCCACCUCCCUUGGCCCUUCCAGGGUACGAUACGCCUUACCAUCCUUGAUCAGUCUGAAGCACCUGUAAGGCAAAACCAUGAAGAGAUAAUGGACGCCAAACCAGAGCUGCUUGCCUUCCAGAGACCCACAAUCCCACGGAACCCCAAAGGGUUUGGCUAUGUGACCUUUAUGCAUCUGGAAGCCCUAAGACAAAGAACCUUCAUCAAGGACGACACGUUAUUAGUACGCUGUGAGGUCUCCACCCGCUUUGACAUGGGCAGUCUUCGGAGGGAGGGUUUUCAACCACGAAGUACUGACUUGGGGAUAUAGCAUCCCCUCAUUUGUUUAAGAAACAAAACAACAGAAAAAACAUUUGGAGAAAACUUGCCCUGUUUUCAAUAACAUACAAACAAAAAAAGCAAUGGGGAAGGUAUACCCACCAGUGAAUGUGGUUAGAGAGGUCACUUGCCACUUUCCUGUUAAAAAUAUCUGAAGCAGGGCUUCCCCGGUGGCGCAGUGGUUGAGAGUCCACCUGCCGAUGCAGGGGACACGGGUUCGUGCCCCGGUCCGGGAAGAU